CCCAGCCCGCACCCGCGCAGCCAUGGACGAGAUGGAGGAAGAGCUCAAGUGCCCGGUGUGCGGCUCCUUCUUCCGCGAGCCCAUCAUCCUUCCGUGCUCUCACAACAUUUGCCUGGCGUGCGCUCGCAACAUUCUGGUCCAGACCCCCGACGCCGAGUCCCCGCAGAGCAGCCGAGCCUCCGGGUCCGACUACGACUACUUGGACCUGGACAAGAUGAGCUUGUACAGCGAGGCGGACAGCGGCUACGGCUCGUACGGAGGCUUCGUCAGCCUGCCCACCACCCCGUGCCAGAAGUCCCCCAACGGGGUUCGAGUGUUCCCCCCGGGCCCGGCGGCUGCCGCCCCGCACGCUCACCCGCAACCGCCCUCCGCGCAAGCCGGCUGCCUGCAGGCGCCCAUCCCCCGCAACUCGUGCCUCACGUGCCCGCAGUGCCACCGCAGCUUGUUGCUGGACGAGCGGGGUCUGCGCGGCUUCCCCCGGAACCGGGUGCUGGAGGGCGUCGUGGAGCGCUACCGCCAGGGCCGGGCGGCAGCCCUCAAGUGCCAGCUGUGCGAGAGGAGCCCCCGCGAGGCCGCCGUCAUGUGCGAGCAGUGCGACGUGUUGUAUUGCGAGCCGUGCCGGAUGCGCUGCCACCCGCCCCGGGGGCCCCUCGCCAAGCACCGGCUGGUGCCGCCCGCCCAGGGCCGGGUCGGGGGGCCCGGUCGCCGCGCCGCGCCCCGCAAGACCUCCACCUGCACGGAGCACGAGCUGGAGAACCUGAGCAUGUACUGCGUGCAGUGCAAGACCCCCGUGUGCUACCAGUGCCUGGAGGAGGGCAAGCACGGCACGCACGAAGUCAAGGCGCUGGGGGCCAUGUGGAAGCUGCACAAGGGUCAACUGUCUCAGGCUCUCAACGGGCUCUCGGACCGAGCCACCGAGGCCAAAGAGUUCUUGGUGCAGCUCAGGAACACCGUGCAGCUCAUCCAGGAGAACGGCGUGGAGUUCGAAGCGUGUCUGGUGGCGCAGUGCGACGCCCUCAUCGACGCGCUCAACCGCCGCAAGGUUCAGCUGCUCACUUGCGUCAACAAAGAGCACGAACACAAGCUCAAGGUGGUGCGCGACCAGAUCUCGCACUGCACGGUGAAGUUGCGUCAGACGACGGGCCUGAUGGAGUACUGCCUGGAGGUGAUCAAAGAAAACGACCCGAGCGGCUUCCUCCAGAUCUCGGACGCGUUGAUCCGGAGGGUGCUGAUGACGGAGAGCCAGUGGGGCAAAGGGACGCUGACGCCGAGGAUGAGCAGCGACUUCGACCUGACGCUGGACAGCGCCCCGCUUCUGCAGACCGUCCACCAGCUGGACUUUGUGCAGAUGAAAGUGCCGUCGGCGCCGAUGCUCCAGCUGGAAGAAUGCUGCACGGAGAGCAACAGCGCCACGUUGUCAUGGAAACAACCGCCGCUCUCCACCAUCGCCGUGGACGGCUACAUCCUGGAGCUGGACGACGGCGACGGCGGCCACUUCCGGGAAGUGUACGUGGGGACGGAGACCAUCUGCACGGUGGACGGCCUGCACUACAACAGCACGUACAAAUCCAGGGUGAAGGCCUUCAACGGCAGCGGCGUGGGACAGUACAGCAAGACGCUGGUCAUGCAGACGUCCCAGGGUACACAAACUUCCAUUUUUUCCGCGCUACUAAUCAUUAGUCCGCUGCUAACUGGUCGCCCGGCGUCUACGGCAGUGGCCUGGUUCGCCUUCGACGCGGCGUCGGCGCACCCGGACAUCAUCCUGUCCAACGACAACCUGACGGUGACGUGCAACAGCUACGACGACCGCGUGGCCCUCGCCGGCGCCGCCUUCUCGCGCGGCAUCCACUACUGGGAGAUGACGCUGGACCGCUACGACAACCACCCCGACCCCGCCUUCGGGGUGGCGCACGCCGACGUCCUGAAGGACGUCAUGCUGGGCAAGGACGACAAGGCCUGGGCCAUGUACGUGGACAACAACCGGUCCUGGUUCAUGCACAACAACUCGCACACCAACAGGACGGACGGCGGCAUCGGCAAAGGCGCCACCAUCGGCGUGCUGCUGGACUUCACGCGCAGGAUCCUCCUCUUCCUCAUCAACGACGAGCAGCAGGGGCCCGUGGCUUUUGAGGGCCUGGAGGGGGCGCUCUACCCAGCCAUCAGCCUCAACCGGAAUGUACAGGUGACGCUGCACACCGGCUUGCCCAUCCCGGAUUUCUACACCCCGGGUGAGGUUGAUCCUACCGCUCACAUGUGCUAAACGCCCCCCUCGCCCCCUCCUCAACCUUUUUAAAAAGCACAGUGAGUACGAGGGACUCCCGACCCUCAACGAAUACGCUUUUGGCUACCGCGUUUCAUCUCGUCGGCGCUUCUCGUGGCUGUUUGUGUGGAAAAAACGACGACGAGUCUUUUUUUUUUUUUGUACUUUAUUUCGCAAAAGAGUGUAUAUCUUGUUGGUGUUUUGUAAGCUAUAUUAAGCAGACGACAUAUUUUAGUUGCUUGAUAAUGUAGUGUGUGUGGGGCUAAAAGUCAGGGCGUAUCAUUUUUUUUCUGCCCCCGGGGAAGCACUUACUUAACAUCUCAAGGAGUCCACACGAGCUUGUCGAGCCAUAAUGUUAGGUACGCCGGCGCAAUUAACGUAAAAUAACUUUCACGCAGCAACACGGCAUAGCAGUCGGAAAGGAACGACAGCUUUCGACACAGAGCGGGAUAAGUGAGCGUCGGCGGGUGUCAAAGGUCACACGCUUAUCCGGAAUUGCGCCAUUGACAAGUGGCGGAAAACUGACGUGUAAAAAGGUGCUGACGGCGACCUUCGAGAGCCUGUUAACUUUCACCCGGAGAUCCUGCAAAACAGUCAUCCAGCAUUUAUCACUCAUUUAACGGAAACGGCGUUUGCUCGCCCGUGCCUUUCCCGGCGAAGGCGUUGUACCGGCAUAUUCGCCUUAGUACUCACACUCCGGUGCCAUAAACUCACGAGAACAACAUGAGUGAAAGUGUCAGUUUUUACGUGGGGCUUUUAGCGCAACACUCGUGUCGGCUCUCGUUCGCGGGUGUACCUAAUGUUGCGUCCGGUAAGUGUUAGUACACGCUUAUUACUACUACAACUCGGCAAGGUGCUAUUAUCCCGCUUUAAAGUGCUGUUCGAUGCCCCGUCGAGACACCGCGGGGCAGAGCAGAGUUUUGCUGGGGCACCCUGUCUCGUCGCCUGCUGCUACAACGAAUCCCAGCUACAAUAAGCAUCGUAGAUAUUUAUAUAUGAUAUAUAUGUACAGUGUAUAGAAGAGGACGUUAUCAUCGGGUGUUUGUUCCGCUAGUUGCCAUGACAACAGCAUCCCUCUCAGAUCGCCGCAAUGACUUUAAAUGUGUGUUGUUUUUUUUUAAUUGAAAAACUGAAGACUUGUAGAAAGUGUGGGCGAGCAGAUGAAAUAGAUUCGCGGAUGAUUCGUUUGCCUAUAGCAGCUUUUUAUGAAUUAUUAUCGCGCGGUCGCUGGGCGACACUGACUCAUAUACAUACGAUCUAUUUAAAUGUACAUAAGCUUAUAUGUGCGCGUGAGGUUAUUCCUGUUCUAAUUUGACGCCACGAAAUGUUUCUUUGUCUCUUCCAUAACCAGAUGUUUGCUCCGUUAUUAUUAUGAUUACAAAUAUGAUGAUUAUUUGAAGCUAAUAAGAGCCUGUGUUUUCCUGUAUAUGUGAAUAUUCAAUAAAUGGCUG